UUCCACUCGCUCUCUCUCUCUCUCUUCUUUUUGAAGGUGAGGGAUCUAUCAUCUAUAUAUAUAAACAAAAAAACCUUGGCAAAAGUGGAUAGGAGGCUUUUGGGUUUUGGAAUAAACAGUGAUAACCAAAGCUCAGAUCCAUCUCUCUCUCUCUCUCUCUCUCUCUCUCAAAGCCCGCAUUCAAAUUUGUAACUUAAUGGACUCUCUCCCUGAUGCCCUUGUUCAACACAUCUUAUCGCACAUCAACAAUGCCAAGGAUGUGGCAGUUUGCAACUGUGUCUCUAAGCGGUGGAAAGACUCAUUGCCUUAUAUUCGUAGCCUUUACUUUGCGCGAAACUCUUUUGACAAUCUUUUUGGCCAGCAAAAUCCUGACAACCUUGUGUGGAAGAUGAUAUCCUCAAUUGUUAGACUAGAGGAGCUUGUUGUAUAUUGCCCAUUUUCUGGUGUUGGCCUUGCUUCAUGGCUUUCACUUGUAGGCCCAUCCCUCCGGCAUCUUGAGCUCCGAAUGGAUAAUCUUGUUGAAAAUCAGAUCUGUAAUGAGGGCCCCUCAAAAUUGGAUUGCAUUAGCGUUGCAAAGAAUUUGGAAUCACUAAAACUUUGGGGUGUGUUAAUGACCCAUUCCCCCAAGUGGGAUGUCUUCCAAAAUCUCUGGAACCUUGAAAUUGUUGGGGCGAGAUUGGACGAUCCUGCAUUAUCGGCUGCACUUCGAGGAUGUCCUAAUCUGACCAACUUGUUGCUGCUCGGUUGUGAAGGAGUCAGAUUGGUUUCGAUUGAAUUGCCACAUUUGCAGCAGUGUAAGCUGGAUUUUUAUGGCUUGGGUAACUGCCAACUUUCUAUCACAUCCCCCAAAAUUGAAUUCCUUGAGGUGCAAGGUUGUAGUUGGAUUAGAGUUCAUGAGGCAAACUGCUUGAAGAAUCUUUCAAUUGCCAAUAAUGCAGGAAAAGUCUACAGGGUGGAUUUUGGGAAACUUGAGGCUCUCGAGUUCUUGUCCAUUAGGGGAGUCCAGUGGUGUUGGGAUGCAGUAAGCAACAUGCUUAAAUGGGCAAGUGAGGUGAAGCAUCUCUACAUGAAGGUUGAAUUCACUGGGGAUUCUGAGGCCCUUCAACCCUUUCCGGAGAUUGACUUAGUCGAGUUUUUCAACAGCCACCCUAAAUUGCAAAAGUUUGAUAUCCAUGGUGCCAUGUUUGCUGCUCUUUGCCAGAAGAACAGCCUAAAACAUGUGGAUUCAGGAUUUGUAAUUCCAUCUCUGGAGGAGCUUGUGAUCACGGUGAGAUCACCCCUAAAUGCUGAACAGAAAAUGAGCACUCUUGAGUCCUUGUUGAAAUAUGGGAAGAAUUUGAAGUCAAUGGUAAUAAAGAUUCUGCAGAUGAAGAGCAAUCAUAGCAGUGCAGAUGAUUUCUUUGACGAGAUUUGCAGGUUUAGAUACAUGAACCGCAAGAUUGUUCGAAUAGAGUAAAGCUUACAGGGGCAAUUCCUCUCAUUUUUCCCAUUUAAUUUGAAUGACUUGAAAUGAUUCUCUGGUUACAGCUUGACUUGUGAUCUGAUUGAAACUGUACUCAUUCUUUAACGAAUGGGUUCAUAAUACGCAUUGUUUAUUAACUUCCAGCUUUUGGGCUAUGGUUAUGCUGUCUUUCAUCUUCUCAAUUUGAAAUGCAGACUUUUCUUGAGUAGUAAAGGU